AUCAAAAUGAGAAAUCGGAAAUGUUCCCGUGAAAUAACGAGCCAGCGUCGCGACCGAACCUAGUCGAAUAACGUGCUAUUUGCCAAAUACUAUUAUUAUUCCUUCAUCUCUUAGCAAUCGCGAUACCUGACGGCCACAGUUUCUAUGUCCCACGUAAAGUGUUCUCGUUCUCUCUCCUCCGUUUUGUAGAUUAAAGAUAAGGCUCGAAUGAUGUAUUAGAGCUUCCCUUCUUAGCACCGCUCCGAUAGAUAAACGCUCUCUGCUUUAUUUAUUGGCAAACUAUGUAGAGUAGAUUUACAUUUUUCAAUUCGUACCAUUGUUACUUGUCGUCUCGUUACAACGAGAUAUUUUUCGUUAAAAUAAAUUAACGAUAAAUUAAUGAUCGGAGGAACUUUGAAUUGCAUCGCGACUUAUCGAUACAAAAGCGAUAUAUUGGUUUUUUUUGAGCUCGGAAUUGAAUGUCACCGCGAUUAGUCGGGAUUGAACUACUGAUGAUUGAGGGUUGAGAUUAUAUAGCGUAAUUGCAAGUCGAUAUGUGACGAUAAAGAUAUAUCAAUCGAGACGAGGCAGACCGAAGAGACAAGAAUAUAAUCCGCAACGUAACAUUUGAUCUAAGAGACCUUCAGGCGCGUAACAUUCAAGCGGGAGAGAUGAUCAUUUUCGCGAUGGUUGCUAAUUAUAAAGUGCAACUCGCACUCCGAAAGCCUGCCUCUUUGAUGUAAAAAGGCGAUAAACGUCGUGGAGAAAGUACACACGUUAAAUGUGCGAACAAAAUUAUACGACAUAAUACAUAAAUGACUGCGCAUUAUGAAUCUCCAGAGGUGAUCAUUGUUUUAAGUAAGGAAGAAAUUCACAAGAGAUAUCAAGAUACCGCGCUGAUUAUAUUUAAGGAGGAACAAAGCAGAAAGAAGGAAGUUGUGAGCUAUCUUAGUUUUGGAAACAGUCGCAGGACAAUGGAAUAUAGCAGAAACGGAAAUCAUCCCGUUAUUAUACAUAAAUCUACAGAUUCUGUGAUUACACAGAAUAGUCAUUUAUCCUUACGGAUGUCAAAAGAAUAUUUUAAAUCAGAUGAAAGAUGCGCGAUAACUUAAUGAAUACAAAAUGUUACAAUUAUUAGUUUAAUAAAUUAUUAGUUUAAUAAAUUUAGUUAUCCUUGUUAACAUUAUGAUGUUGAUCUAAAAAUUUAUAUCCUCUCAAGUGCUGUAACCAUACAGAGUGACUUAUAUAAAGCAAAUGAUAUGAUUAUUUGCAAAAUUUAAGAUCAUAUAAAAAAUAAUUAUACUAAAAGUUUCACACAAGGAACAUUGUAUGUUAAACAAAUUUACUUUUUGAAUAAAAGAAUAAAGAUUG